AUGAAAAUCCCAGCGGAUCACAUAUUUGAUUCCAGAAGCACAUCGUUCUUGCAAGGCGUGCUGAGGAAAACCAAUGGACGAGGUGUUGAUUUGGUGCUGAACUCUCUUUCAGGUGAACUGCUUCAUGCCUCCUGGAAAUGUGUUGCAAAAUUCGGUAAGAUGGUCGAGAUCGGAAAGCGAGACUUUAUGGGCCACGGCAAACUUGACAUGGAUGGAUUCCUGGGCAACCGUUCUUUCAUCGGCGUGGAUCUUUCGGUCAUAGGGCAUGAGAACCAGGAAGCGUUGGGGGACUUGGUUGAACAGUUCACAAGAUAUUUCCAGCAAGGAAAGUUGACACCCAUCAAACCUGUUGUUGUUUUUGACGCCAGGGAUGUUGUCAAGGCUUUCCGCCACAUGCAAACAGGCCAACACAUUGGCAAGAUCAUUGUUCGAAUGCCAGAGGAUCCGAAUACUCUGCCAAUAUCCAAGAUACAUGACACCACCCCGCUCUUCAGACCGGACGCCUCAUAUCUGUUGGUUGGCGGACUUGGAGGACUUGGUCGAGCCAUUAGCACCUGGAUGGUGGAAAAGGGUGCCCGCAAUUUUAUCUUCCUCUCUCGGUCAGGCAGCGAGUCGCCUGAAGUUCAAGCCUUUAUUAACGACCUGGAGAGCCAUAAUAUGGUGAGUGCGACGGUGAUCGCGGGCGAUGUCUCAAAUAUCGAAGAUAUCCAGCGGGCUCUUUCAGCAGCCAAGCGCCCCAUUGCAGGCGUACUCCAAAUGUCUAUGGUGCUCAAGGAUCAAAUGCUAUCCAAAAUGACUUAUGAGGACUGGGUGGCCGCCUUAACACCAAAGGUUCAAGGGACAUGGAACCUCCAUUUCGAGCUUCAAAACAUACCACUUGACUUCUUUGUUCUUUUCAGCUCUGUCACGGGUAUCAUGGGAUUUGCUAGCCAGGCCAAUUAUGCGGCAGCCAACGCCUUCCUGGAUUCAUUUGUCCAGUAUCGUCACUCCCAAGGACUCCCAGCAAGUGUGAUUGAUCUUGGCUUUGUGACAGAUAUUGGUUAUGCAGCUGAGCAAAGCCCACAAACAUUAAAUAUUGUCAACACCAUGGACAUACAGAUCAUUGAAGAAAAGGAUCUGCUGCAAGCAUUGGAAAUCUCAGUCUUUGCUCAAUCUCCUCACCCUUCAUCACAACUCGUCGUGGGUCUUGGAACCAUGGGCAAUGUUAAAGAGCUACCAUGGCUGCAUGAAGGUCGCUUGAGUCAUUGGCAAAAUGCUUUAGUAACGAACAAAGCGGCAAAGGCCUCUCAAUCUCAUGAACUACGGUCCCUUCUGGAUGGGAUUCGGGAAAAUCCCAGUUUGCUGGAAGGGCAGUCAACCCAUGACAAAAUCACCAUUGAGCUAGGCAAAGUUGUCGCUGCUCAUCUUGCCUAUGCGGAGGACUUGAGCAAAGAGGAACUUGCCAAUAUUGCAAUUGACUCGUUAAUGAGCAUAGAAAUCCGCAGUUGGUUUCGCCGUAAUGCAGGUAUUGACAUCUCCCUGGUUGAGAUCUCGAAUGCGGGCACCGUUGGAGGGCUGGCUGAUGUGGCCGUGAAGAUGUUGCGCAAGAAAUACCUUGAUGAAGAGGAACUUCCCAGUGAAAUAAGCGCUCCAUCACCAGCUGAACUGGAUGAAAUGACGAUUUGUCUGGAGGACAUGAAGCUGGGCAGUGACUUGCAAGCUCUUCCUGGAACCAUCCCUGACUGGUGCUCUGAAUCUGAAGGAAGAGUCUUCCUCACAGGUGCAACGGGAUUUGUGGGAGCCUUCUUUCUCUUGGAGCUUCUCACUCUCCCACAAGUUAAGAGUGUUGCAUGCUUGGUUCGAACAACAGAUCCUCUGUCGGGAAGACUACGGAUUGAGAAGAUGUUCACCCGAUACGGCCUACCCCUUGAACCUUUGGACAAUAUCACUGUGGUUCCUGGCAAUAUCGCCCACCCGAAUUUGGGAAUGUCAAAGGAGGAAUUUGAUCAUCAUGCACUGUUGUCUAGUGUUGUCUUUCACCUUGGAGCCUACGUCAACUACACCCUUCCCUACUCUGCUCAUCGUGAUGCCAACAUUGUUGGACUCCUCAAUAUGCUAGAGUUUGUCAAUACUGGGCGUCUCAAGCCCUUGAAUUAUUUCUCCAGUAUCGGGGCAUGCGGCGCCUCGGCUCAUAUCACGGGCACGACUAUCCCCGAGAACGAGAGGGCCACGCUGGAUCCCAAGUACUUUGAGCAGCACGUUGGAUAUACAAGAAGCAAACUUGCUGCGGAGAGUAUUGCUUGGAACGCCAUUGCCAACAGAUUCCCCAUAACCAUCUAUCGCCCGGGAGUCGUGAUGGGCCACAGCGGCACAGGAAUUGACAAGCCCGAAGACUUGUUCAAUCGACUCAUGUGCAACUGCAUCCGACUCAGGGCCUAUCCAGCUCCACCUCAGCAGCGUAACCACUUUGUCCCAGUUGACUAUGUAUGCGCAGCUGUCUUGCGCAUCUCGCAAUCCUCAGAGAACCAAGGCCACGCCUUCAAUGUCGUCCAUCCUAAUCAAGAUCAAACCAUUACCUGGAUGGAUACAUUUAAAAUCCUGAGCGAGUACAGUUCAACUCCACUACAAUGUGUCUCUGCAGCUGAAUGGCUUCAGAUGUUUGCGGCACAAGGGAAACAUAGUAUGAAAGGAGCAACGCCUCUUCUCAAAGAACGACUAACGGAGAACGAGAUCUGGUUGGGUGACAGCAGUGGAAUGGCCGCGUAUGAAACCACAAACCUCUGCCGAGCGUUAGCGGACUCUCCGAACAUUCUGGAUAUCAAGCCCAUGCCAGAGCUACUCAAGACAUACUAUGGCCGUUGGGAAGCUGGGGCUGUGGACACAAAUGGUGCCGUUUGA